GCCUCCGCCGGAAGAAGAAGCGGAAGCGAGACCGCCUAUCCAGAGGAAGGCAAGUGUUUGGCUCCGGCGGCUGAGAAUCCCGCGCGGGGCUGGAGACAGGUAGCAGUACGGGGGCGGGGCUUCAUGCCGGAAGUGGUAGUCCGCAGUUGUUUCGGUUGGCAGCCUAGCUGGUGGGAGAUGCGGCGGCCACCUGCUGCGAGCAACCGAAGGGAAGGUUAGAGGUACGAAGGCAGUUUGGAGCUGGGGCUGAGCAGCUGUCGCACAGUCAGAUCAUGAGCUCGACCAAGCACUGGGGUGAAUGGCUCCUUAACUUGAAGCUGGCCCCCGCCAGCAUGUUUGGUGUGGCCUUUCUAGCCAGAGUCGCCCUGGUUUUCUAUGGGGUCUUCCAGGACCGGACCCUGCACGUGAGGUAUACGGACAUUGACUACCAGGUCUUCACCGAUGCCGCGCGCUUUGUCACGGAGGGGCGCUCGCCUUACCUGAGAGCCACGUACCGUUACACCCCGCUGCUGGGUUGGCUCCUCACUCCCAACAUCUACCUCAGCGAGCUCUUUGGAAAGUUUCUCUUCAUCAGCUGCGACCUCCUCACCGCUUUCCUCUUAUACCGCCUGCUGCUGCUGAAGGGGCUGGGGCGCCGCCAGGCUUGUGGCUACUGUGUCUUUUGGCUUCUUAACCCCCUGCCUAUGGCAGUAUCCAGUCGAGGUAAUGCGGACUCGAUUGUCGCCUCCCUGGUCCUGAUGGUCCUGUACUUGAUAAGGAAAAGAGUCGUCGCGUGUGCAGCUGUGUUCUAUGGUUUCGCGGUGCAUAUGAAGAUAUAUCCGGUGACUUAUAUCCUUCCCAUAACUCUCCACCUGCUUCCAGAUCGCGACAAUGACAAAAGCCUCCGUCAAUCCCGGUAUACUUUCCAGGCUCGUUUGUACGAGCUCCUGAAGAGGCUGUGUGAUCGGGCUGUGCUGCUGUUCGUAGCAGUUGCUGGACUCACGUUUUUUGCCCUGAGCUUUGGUUUUUACUAUGAAUACGGCUGGGAAUUUUUGGAGCACACCUAUUUUUAUCACCUGACUAGGCGGGAUAUCCGUCACAACUUUUCUCCAUACUUCUACAUGCUGUAUUUGACUGCAGAGAGCAAGUGGAGUUUUUCCCUGGGAAUUGCUGCAUUCCUGCCACAGUUCAUCUUGCUUUCAGUUGUGUCUUUCGCCUAUUACAGAGACCUCGUCUUUUGUUGUUUUCUUCAUACAUCCAUUUUUGUGACUUUUAACAAAGUCUGCACCUCCCAGUACUUUCUUUGGUACCUCUGCUUACUGCCUCUUGUGAUGCCACUAGUAAGAAUGACUUGGAGAAGAGCUGUAGUUCUCCUAAUGUUAUGGUUUAUAGGGCAGGCCCUAUGGCUGGCUCCUGCCUAUGUUCUUGAGUUUCAAGGAAAGAACACCUUUCUGUUUAUCUGGUUAGCUGGUUUAUUCUUCCUUCUCAUCAACUCCUCCAUCCUGAUUCAAAUUAUUUCCCAUUACAAAGAAGAACCCCUGACAGAGAGAAUCAAAUAUGACUAGUGUAUUUUUUGUUACAUCUUAAAGAACAGACAUUCUUGGAUCUCAAAGUUUCCGAGGAAGGAAAGAACAUGAUGGAUAAUCCAUAAUUAAGAAGUUUGGAUCUUUUCCUAGUCUUAAAAACAAAGUGAGAACUAAAGGGGUUUACCUUCUAUCAAAGUUGAACAAAUUAAUUCUUUUAUGUGUCAUACUUUCUGCCUGUCUCCCUAAAAACAUGGGGGUGGUAAUCUCUUUGUUUUAUCUGGUAGGUUUUUCAGAUAAAAGCUUAUACAUGUUUGGAAUAUUAAUAUCCAACCCCCAACUCCAAGCCCUGCCCCAACAACAACAGCUAAUUAUUUUACAUCUUGAUAAUGGUAAGUUUUUCAUGAUUAACCAAUUUUGGGCACCUAUUCCACCAUAUAUGUUUUUAUUUAAUUUUCACAACAAUACUUCAAAGUAGUUAUAAAUAUUCUAAAUUUAUAGAUGAACAAAGAGGCUCAAAGAUUAAAUAACGUGCUAAUAAGGGAUUUUUACCCAUGCUUUUUCCAUUAUAUUAUGUUUUGGAUUUUUCCAGGGUACCCAAACCCAGCAGAUGCAUACUGCUGCAAAAUAAAUGGAACUCAACACUAGCUCUGACAAGUGUCUUGCCAAUCAGUUUGUCCUUCUAAUAUUUUAGGUGUUUGAGGGGCAGUUCUCUCAGCUGUACCAAGUCACUGUCAUCCCCAAACUUCAAUGAUUCCAGACCUUUAACAACUCCCUUCCACAUGCAAACCCUCUCUCACCAAAUUGUGUAAUUUCUUUGUUUACUGCUGGCUUCAUCAUGCACUUUUCCUUCAUAGCCUAUUUUAAGAAGUUGAUUUGCUGACCCACUUUUUAGCCAAGCUAUUUGUAAAUCAAGCUACACAAAGUAUGUGGCCAUAAUUUCCAAAAGGCACAUGAUCACUGUUAAAUUUCUCUUGUUCUGCAGUGUGCAUUCAUGCAGUUAAAAAUUGUCCUGCACUGAUAGUAUGGCAUCAGAGAAUAGACUCAGAUCACUUAGGUUCAAAUCCCAGUGCAUGAUCCUGAGCAAGAUUAUCAUAUCUAGAUACAUUAGUUUUUAUCUGUGAAAUGGGAAUGAUAGUAUAAUCUGCAUAGAAUUGUUGGUAAGGAUUAAGUGAGUUGAUAUGCUCAAACUGUGCAUGCUGGCAUAGAACAAGCCACUGAUUACAAGUCUUUAUAAAGAAGGAGCUGUUCUGGCAUUGUAAACUUGAACCUUUUUUUCCCCAAAUCUAAUGGAUAUAGACAAGGAACUUGUAUUUAUAUAAAAUAAAUGUUUGACUACCUUUUAUCAUAAACUUUAUUCUCAUCUUGAUCUGAUCCUUUGAAAAGAUAAUAAAUACUGAUAUGUGAAAAA